CUCAUCCUGAUUCUUCUGCAGCUAAUUUGGGAAAAAAAAAUACAUACCGUGGGUACCUGUGCUGAGCUGGACACCUGUUGCUUCCCUGUGCAGGGAGACCAGGGAAAUAAUUAAUGUUUUUCCAGCUUGACUGUUUCUCAAUGCCUUAACCUCAGCUUCAGAUCUCAUUUCACUGACUCGGACCAGCCAAAUUUCACAUCUUGCUCCUGCCUCGUGCCCUCUCCACUGCCUUUCCUGGGGACCUCUCUGGAAGUCUGGCCGCUCUUGCGCUGCCUUCUUACUCAGCAGAUCCAGGCUUCCAGGGAAACGUGUCCUUCUGCCUGCUUUGGUGAUGCUAGCAGAAAUGAUAAGAAUUCAGAGAUCCAGUCUCCUGUAGGAACGUGUACCAGAGGCCAGGCUUUAUAGUACAGAAGCUGAAGGCAUCAGCAAAUUCCGCAGCUGAUAUCAUCUGGUUGGUAUUGCUACACGUGGCAGGGCUGAGCAGUAUAUAUAUAUUUUAUUUCUGUGAAGAACGGGGAUAAUGUAACAGAACCAUUUAUAGAAGCUGUAGCACUGAGCCACUGAAGUGCCUCCACCUUGCUUUUUUUUUCCCUCCUGAGACUGAGAUUUUCCUUGAGAUGUUAACCCUUAGAACCAUUGCAAGACUUGAAAAUACUGUCUUCGGCCUUCUUUUCCAACUUUUUGGUACUAUUUUUCAUAGAUCUGAAUCUUCGUGUCCAAUUUUGUCUGUGAAAGACCUGUCUGAAACCUUGAGUCUCCUUUCUGCUCAAGUUGUAAGUUAUUUGUGCCUGAAGGAGUCUGCAGGAGUGAGUCAGCAUCUUACAGACCUCCAGUGUCUGCUUGUGGGGACGGCAGCCAAAAAUCCUGCUACUUGUUGCACCAUACGGGAUUAGCCGUAGCCAUACCUUUCUCUUAAUCACUGCUUAAUUUAAUUGCAUUCUUGCUAACAAGAUAAUUAUAUAUGAAAACCAAAACAACAACAGCAAAACCUUGAAGCCUAGCGUUUUUUAAUUGUUCUGAGCAAUUAGGUAUUGCUUAAUUGAUUAACCUACUGGAUAGUGCUAGUGCAAUUAACCUGAGUUGGCUCGUGGUAUCUCAUGACAGACAAGAAAAAAAGAGGUAUUUGGGACGAACAAAGCCAAACAAAAUUGUCAGGACAGGCAUUUAAUUUUAUGCAAAAUGGUUGUUAGAUUGUGUUACGGCCAUAAAUGCUGCACGUUUAUCCCCGCAGUUGUGUGAUCACCUGGACGCGGUGGAGUGAGCGACGGAGUUGGGUGAAAGUGAUAGGAUUAGAUAGGAGGAAAUCCCUGAAUUAAUCCUUAACAGCGCGGCUUUGAGAUUGCUGGAUGAAAGGUACUGUGUAGGGAUGGAUAAUACGUCUUAAUGCAGCAGAGCUUAUGGGAGCUAGAAUACAAAAAUAAUAUUUAUUUGUAAAUGACCCAGUUCAGUGCUCAGAGAGCAAGGCUGGGCGUUUCUCUGUCCCAGUCAUUGUUCCAGUUCACUUUCUCAUAUUAAUGGGAUCCCCUAGCUAAAGUGUAGCCAGCAGGUACAUGUGUUUUCUUCCUUUUCAGUGCUUUUCUGGAUGCCUUGUGUUGAGAAAUACGGAGCCUAGUAAGAAGCCCGAUCAGCCUGUAGCGCGUUGGGUGCUGCUCAGCAUGAGACAGCACAUGUUAGGCUCUAGCAAUGCCCAGAAAUAUCUCAGAAAUGCCUUUCCAAAAGUUUCCCUUUGUGUAUGCGGAAGUAACGUGAUUUUUGUGAUCCCCUUUCUGUUCAGCGAUGUUAGCCUGAGACAUUUCUGUACUGUUAAUUUAUGGGUUCUGGCCGAGGCCCGUGGUGUGGUGCAGGCAGUGCUCGGGUCCACAGAGCCCACUCGUUGCUGGUGAAAUCAGCAGAAGGCAGAAAAUGCCUGCUGCUUUUUUCCUUACCUUUUUUUAGCUUGUCAAUGACAAGCCAACUGCUAGCAUUUAUGGGAAUAAAUUAUGACUAAAAUAAUUUGCAUUUAAAAUGCAAAUGAAUGAAAGCGUCAGCAAGGAGCCUUCUGCUUUCUUCGUGGCGCGCAGACAGGGUACUGGCACGGGAUCAGCCCAGUGAGGCACUGAGUAUAAAAUAAAGUUAAUUGGACUAGCUGAAAAAUGGAACAGGCUCAGCUUCAUGCUAAUUCCUGGGCCUGUGAUUUAAUACGACAUUAGAGAGGAAGAGCUGGGAAGGUGCUGAACCACCGGCUAAACGAACCACCAGAGCUGUAAAUUACCCUUCUGAGAUUCCCAAUGGCAGAUUGAGAGGCCCCAAUAAAAUUGCAAGAGGUGAAUAAAACCUAGCUUGGAAGCAAUUUGUCAGGAUCUUCAGGCUUACAUCACUUAGAGUUUAAGUUCCAUUGUUCUUUUUCUGGAAGUUGUCUGUUGUAACACUGCCUGAAUACCAACUGGCACUGCACUUCUGUGCAAGGUGAAAGCUAUCCGUAAGUGUGAAGCCGCUUGGUUCUUGAUGAAAGCCUCUUUCAGAUGAACUGGGAAACCAGCAGUGCAUCUCUGAAGGUAUUGGUUUCUUGUUAGGAGCUUAAGGCCACUGCUCUGCACCACGUAUGGAUUUCUGGGCCUGCGUGUGCCAGAAGGGCCGUGUGCCUGUGGGCUGCUGGUGGCUGAGGAAGUGCAGGAGGGAUUCAGGAGCCAUGUCACUGAAGAUCCCCUCGUCUUCUGGAAGGAGAAACAUGGAGAAGAGAUGAAUCUACUCAGCCAGACAUUCCUCCAGUAGAUACUUCUCACCAUGGAGCACCACGGCAGGGAGGAGAUGGACUCAAAAGAGGAAAGUCCUCAGGUGUGGCCUGACUCUGCUGAGCAGGAGCAGAAUACUGCUCAGGUGCACUUUGUCCCCGAAGGGGGGACAGUGGCACAGAUUGUGUACAGCGAUGAGCAGGACCGUCCCUCGCAGCAGGUGGUCUACACGGCGGAUGGCACCUCCUACACCUCCGUGGACACCUCGGAGCACACGCUAGUUUACAUCCAUCCUGUGGAAGCUACGCAGACUCUGUUUACAGAUCCGUCCCAAGUGGCUUACGUCCAACAGGAUGCCACUACACAGCAGGUAACUGUGCUCUUGCCUGCUGCUGCUCAGAGCAUGAAUCCCACCAACCUGUCUGUGCUUGGCAGCGUUGCUGAAUCCCCCCAGCAAAUGGCUCUGGAGCAGGGUCAACAAGCAGAUAGAGCAUCGUUACCGGUGCAUAACCAGGUGUUACCUCCUAUGGAGGCGGUGGAUGGUUCUGACCCUUUAGCACCUCUGCAGAAUCAAAUGGGAAGAAUGGAAACAAAAGAGGAAGAUGACGAGGAUGAAGAUGAGGAAGAAGAUGGGGAAGACACUGACAUGGAUGAGUGGGAUCCAGAUCCACCUCGACCCUUUGAUCCCAAUGAUCUGUGGUGUGAAGAGUGUAAUAACGCGCACCCCUCGGUGUGUCCGAAACAUGGACCUUUGCAUCCAAUCCCAAACCGGCCUGUGCUGACCAGGGCAAGAGCCAGCCUCCCCUUGGUGCUCUAUAUAGACAGGUUUUUGGGAGGUGUGUUCUCCAAAAGGCGUAUCCCCAAACGCACGCAAUUUGGACCUGUGGAAGGACCUCUGGUUAGACAAACUGAACUCAAGGACUGCUAUAUCCACCUGAAGGUGUCUCUUGAUAAGGGUGACAGAAAAGACAGAGAUUUGCAAGAGGACCUGUGGUUUGAACUUUCUAGUGAGGCUCUUUGUAACUGGAUGAUGUUUGUGCGUCCAGCUCAAAACCAUUUGGAGCAGAACCUGGUUGCGUAUCAGUACGGCCACCAUAUUUAUUACACAACGAUUAAAAAUGUGGAGCCCAAACAGGAACUCAAGGUGUGGUACGCUGCCUCGUACGCAGAAUUUGUGAACCAGAAGAUCCAUGACAUAUCUGAGGAGGAAAGGAAGGUUCUCAGAGAGCAAGAGAAGAACUGGCCGUGUUAUGAGUGCAACCGUCGCUUCAUGAGCUCAGAGCAACUCCAGCAGCACCUUAACUCCCACGAUGAGAAGCUGGACUUCUUCAGCAGAGCCAGAGGCAGAGGUCGUGGGCGAGGAAAGAGGAGGUUUGGACCAGGCAGACGCCCAGGGCGCCCUCCCAAAUUCAUGCGUAUGGAAGUAACCAGUGAAAAUGGAGAAAAGUGUGAAGAAGGAACACAGGACUUGCUGCAUUUUUCCAGCAAGGGGCAGUUUGAUGAGGCCGGACAAGCAACACUGAAUGGGUUGGAGCAGCAGGAACAGACUCCAGUGCCACCAGAGACACAGUCGGCACUGGAGCAGCAGUCAGAAAACCACCCACUACAGAUCCAGCCGCAGCACGAUGAGAGCACGGUGCCUACGCAGAGCACCAUGACAGCAGAUGACAUGAGGCGUGCAAAGCGUAUCAGGCUGGAGCUGCAGAACGCAGCUCUUCAGCACCUGUUUAUCCGGAAAUCCUUUCGCCCGUUCAAAUGCCUCCAGUGUGGGAAGGCGUUCCGGGAAAAGGACAAACUGGAUCAGCACUUGCGGUUUCAUGGACGGGAGGGGAACUGCCCUUUGACUUGUGACAUCUGCAACAAGGGCUUCAUCAACAGUGGUGCUCUUGAGAGCCACAUGAAGUUCCACAUGGACCAGAAAACGUACUCCUGCAUUUUCUGUCCUGAGUCCUUUGACCGUUUGGAUCUGCUUAAAGAUCAUGUGGCCAUCCACGUUAACGAUGGGUAUUUCACCUGCCCUACCUGCAAAAAGCGCUUUCCAGAUUUUAUCCAGGUCAAGAAACACGUACGCAGUUUCCAUUCAGAAAAGAUUUAUCAGUGCACAGAAUGUGACAAGGCUUUCUGCCGUCCUGACAAGCUGCGCCUCCAUAUGUUGCGACACUCAGACCGCAAAGACUUCCUAUGCUCCACGUGUGGCAAGCAGUUCAAGAGGAAAGACAAACUGCGAGAGCACAUGCAGAGGAUGCACAACCCAGAAAGGGAGGCCAAGAAAGCUGACCGAAUCAGCCGCUCAAAAACUUUCAAGCCUCGCAUAGCUUCCACUGACUAUGAAAGCUUCAUGUUCAAGUGCCGACUGUGUAUGAUGGGUUUCCGCCGGAGGGGAAUGUUGGUGAAUCAUUUAUCAAAGAGACAUCCAGACAUGAAAAUAGAAGAGGUGCCAGAGCUCACGUUGCCCAUCAUCAAACCCAACAGAGAUUAUUUCUGUCAGUACUGUGAUAAGGUGUACAAAAGUGCCAGCAAACGCAAAGCACACAUCCUGAAGAACCAUCCUGGUGCUGAGCUACCUCCAAGCAUCCGGAAGCUGCGCCCUGCAGGCCCAGGAGAGCCAGAUCCCAUGCUGAGCACCCACACUCAGCUGACAGGCACUAUAGCCACCCCUCCGGUCUGCUGUCCUCAUUGUUCCAAACAGUACAGCAGUAAGACAAAGAUGGUACAGCACAUUCGCAAGAAGCACCCGGAGUUUGCUCAGCUCCCUAACACAAUACACGCCCCGCUGGCGACAGCUGUCAUCAGCUCCACUCCUGCUGUUCUAACCACUGACAGCACUACUGGAGAGACUGUUGUGACAACAGAUUUAUUGACGCAAGCGAUGACGGAGCUGUCCCAGACCCUCACAACAGACUAUCGAACUCCCCAGGGAGAUUACCAGCGGAUCCAGUACAUCCCCGUGUCUCAGUCCACGACAGGCUUGCAACAGCCACAGCACAUACAGCUGCAGGUUGUUCAAGUGGCCCAGGCUACCUCACCUCACCAGUCCCAGCACUCCACAGUAGAUGUUGGGCAGCUUCAUGACCCUCAGACAUACACGCAGCAUGCCAUCCAAGUGCAGCACAUCCAGGUCACAGAGCCAUCAUCAGCAACUCAGCCAUCGUCGCAGGUUGGGGGUCAACCUUUGAGUCCCUCCUCACAACAGUCUCAGCAGGAACUCAGCCCCUCGCAGAUGCAGACAGCUACAUCUACACAAAACCAAUCCCUCCAGCAGCAGCAAGGGUCUUCAGUCCAGCACACAUAUCUUCCCAGCACAUGGAACUCAUUUCGGAGCUACUCAUCUGAGAUUCAGAUGAUGACCAUUCCUCAAGGCCAGUAUGUGAUCACAGAGACAGCUGUCGGUACACCUGUCACCACUGUCAACACAGGGCAAGUGAAAGCAGUUACUCAGACUCACUAUGUGAUAUCUGAAGGUCAACCUGACUUGGAUGUCAAACAAAACUCUUCGCUCUCCAGUGAGGUGCAGGUUGGUGUUUCCCAGCCGCCAGCCCAUGCUGAUACAUUGGAAUCUCAAACGAGUAAUCAGCAGCAAACAACCCAGUACAUAAUCACUACAACCACCAAUGGGAAUGGGGGCAGUGAAGUGCACAUCACUAAACCAAGAACUUUCUCAGCAGAACAUGAAUGAAGAAGCUUUGCAGUGUCAUUUGCUUGUACUUUUCACCUCCCCCAGAAGCCCAAAUAUAUGGGUGUCCUGGAGCUCAAUAUGUUUUAAAGUAUAUGCUCACUUAACUUCAACUAAAAUAUUGGAGCUCUUCUCAAUGCUUUAAGAGGGUUGAAGUCCUCAGUGACCAUGAAGUACCCUCAAAAUCCUUCUGGGAUACUAUUUUAUGCAGCUUUUAACAAAAAGGACAAAAGGAGAAGUGAAACCUGCUUGCCCUGGACUUUUUUGGCAUGUCUGCUGACCAUUGUUUCUUCCUUCCGGGAAGUGUCUUUGGUAAACAACUCUUAUUUCAAUUGGAAGAGAAAAGCUUGCCCAACUGAAGGCUAAUUGACAGAUUAUGUUGUAUGUAUAUUUUUAAUAGGAGCUGUUAAACAAGAGGAUGUAAAUUGCCAGAGUAUGGCAGAACCGCUUCUUCUGUCUUUGUUUCAACAGCCAAGGUGAAAGGGAAUAUAUGCUUGAGAGCAGACUGCCUGAAGAAAAAGGGCAGCAGCAAAGCAGUGACUGUGUAUGCGUGUGGGGAUGGAUAUAGCAAUGAAGCUGUGAAGACGUGCAGAAGCAGUCCAUUAAAUUAUUAUUUUUCCAACCCCUCAAACUGUUUACAUGCUGUCUCCCCUGCCCUACUUUACCAAGCAGUUCCAGAAGAAGGAAAAGUGCAGUCUUAACCCCAUGUUUGGAACAAACUGAUCAAAACCCUAGUAGCACAUAACAGUAAUACAGAGCCACUGUUAUCUCUUUUCCCCUCCAGAGUUUGUAGGGAAAAUUGCAUUUUUGCCUGUAAACAAAAAAGUUUCACCUUAGCCUGCAUAGGAGCUUCUGCUGUGACCUCUAGCGAUAGCUGUGCCAGGAGAAGCAGGUACAGGAGUACACCUCUGAAGAUGCAGGGUAGUUGUCUCUGUUGCCACCUCAAAGUGGAUGUAUUUUUCUCUUGAAGACUGAAUGGAGAGUUGGUUAUGCUGAUUUUCCAAACACCUUGUUAACAAUGCACUGUAAUUCCUUUGGACAGUUUCAUAAAAUGACCAGCCUUGGACUCAGGAAACAUGUACAAGAAAAACACCAGUGGACCACUAUUUAUGGGACACAGAAAGCCAUCUGCAAGUUGCCUGCUUUGGUAGACCUGGUCUACGUACAGAACUCAUUCUUAGGGACCAGGAGAAAGGGAAAGUUUUAUCUUUUAAGGCAGUGUAUUUUUUUCUGACAUAACUCCCCCUUCACGGGUCUUGUUGGUUGGUUAUUUAAUGCAUUCUGGUAUUUGCAAGAAUAUGACUACAUCUCCAUUUGCUGUUGUUGGGAUAUACUGUUUGUGUCUAAACCUCCAUUCACUCUGCUUGAAACCUCAUCCCAGAAUGUCAGUGCAACAUAGGAUACAUUUAUUUAUAAAACAAAAGCAAAGAAGUAAGUUUUGUCUUAAUGGCCCUUGAAAAAGGCUAGAAGAACUAAGAGAGGAUCUCUUUUUUUUUUUUUUUUUUUUUUUUAAUUAAUUUCUUCUUACAUUGCAUUGUGCGCAAGUCUGGAACUCUUGUGCUUAUACUCCCACAGAUUGAGAUGAGGAUUAACCAUGUGAGUAGAUGUUACAAAUGUUUACAGGUUGUGGUGUCAGGCCUUAUGGAGUUAAAGCUCUUAGACAUGAGAAAACACUCAGACUGAAAAAUUGGAUGUCUUGUUACUUGCUGGCAAAGCCUUGUAGCAUGUAUUGCUUCGGUAAAUAACAUUUUAAAUAUGGUAUGGAAAUAGUGACUGUGCAUGAUGAGAUAAAUCCUGUUUAAAAUAUUGGACAGCUCAGAACUGUUUUGAGGUAGCUUGAAGUGAGUUGUCAAAACAUAGAUUAAUUUGUGCCUGGGAUUUCGCUUCUCUUACUGCAACCACUGUAUUGGGGCAUUAACUAAUAAUUGGGGCAUUAGCAAGAUUGGUAAAAGUUAAUGAAGACCUGAGCUCCCAUUUAGUGUAGUGCAGUGAUGAGUCCUUCAGUUCAAUGGAUUUGGGAAGUCAUCUACUUUAGCAAUGCAGCCAAGCAACUGCAGUUGUCCUUGAUUCAUUUGAACUCAUGUUGCUGAGCACUUUUGAGUAACAGGCCGUUACGAUGUUUGUCUGGGCGAGCAGAAGGGAGCUCUUGGUUUUGGCUUUGCAUCGUGGCAUCUUUGUCAAGAAAAGGGUCUCUUUUCAGACUGCUCGAUUAAUAAGAUGAAUCAAAUGUGGUACGAGUAAUAGGAAAGUAGGAAACCUGGAAAUGGGACAUUGCAAAUGCACACUGUUCUACAGGAGCAUUUUUUUAAGUCUUAAAAGCUCUAUAGUCUUUAGAGAUGAUCAAACUUUGUCUUUAACGAUAUUGCAAGUGUGGGAUUUUUAAAAAAAUAAAUUGUUAUAUUCAACUUUUGUCAGAAAGGAUCACAGAAUGAGGUUGCUUGUUCUUGUACCAGUUAUUUAAAACUGAAAACUGCAGGGUGUUCCAGAAAACAAUUGUAAAACAGCAUCUUUGAACUCACAUCUUCCUUAUCAAAGUUUCUGCUCUAUCCCACAGUAAUAGUAGUGUACGUAGGCCAUCAGCUUGACACCAGCAUUAAGUGAUUCACUGUCUUAAGUCAAACUGAUGCCUCAUCGGGGGAGAAGCAUCCCUGGAAAUCAAGCAUUGUGAAUUUUCAUUCCGAAGUAAUAAAAUAUAGUGAUUACCCAGACUGGGGGAGAGAGAAGAAGAGCCCCAAGGCAUAGCUGUGCUACAGGGUCUGUUUUUAAAAAGAAGACAAAAACAAAACACAACAAAAACAGCUAAGUUUGCAUUUUUUUUUCAGUUUCUGCAGUGCAGAAGGCAUAGGAUUUACUAUAUUUUAUUAUUAUUAUUAUUAUUUUUAACCAGAACCACCCCAAACAUCUGUCUCUUAAAAUAAUGUCCUACUGGAGCUUAACGCUGCAAUACUCUGCUACCUGCACAGGGCCCAUUUUGUUCAAAGAUGGGAAUUGCCAUGGGCCCUUCUGGGGCUUCAGGCUUUUCUGUGUAGGUGUUUUGGGUUAGUUUCUGUGCCCCCACCCCAUUAAAAUUGUUUUAAAAAAAGAAAAAUUACGCCUCUCAGACUGCUCGGGCACUUGGGACGAAACGUGGCUGUUUCCACGGGAUGCUGCAGUGGUUGUCCCACAUCGCUCUGCCCGCUGUUAUUUAAAUGUGUAUGUUUAUUGUACAUUCAGUGACUGUUCUAGUGUUAAUAGUCUUGUGCUACCUGGCAGGUGUAAAAAUGAAAUUAAUAAAUUUCUUUUUUUUUUUUUUU